AAUUUAUUGUUAUUAUUAUUACAGCUUGAUUAUGUGCUGGACCGAAAUUGCCCUGGCAGUGAAAUAAUUGUGAAGGAGGGGCAAAUGUGCCUUAUUCGAGAAGAAUUUUGGAGCCUUGGAUUGUUGAGGGACAUGGACUCCCAUAUUGGAAACGCCUGCAUGAAGCUUCUUUGUGAAAUGGCUCGACAAAUUGGCAAGGACAUAUACAUUGAGGACUUUUAUGUUGUCCCUGUGUGGAAAGAAACUCCUAACAACAUUGUUACUGGAUUACCGGAAGAUGCAGACUUGAAAGACCUGUUAACCUUUCCAGCAUGGACAAAUGCCAAUGGAUCAGACCACUUUGUUGUCUGUGUAAGAAAAUAUUGAAAUGUCUAGUGCAUACAUUGAUUGGUAUUGCAAUGUGUGUGUUUCUAAAAUAAAACACUGAAAAAUCUUGGAAGAAGCAAUAAUGUUCAAAUGAAAUAUUUUUACACCUUUAACAUUGUAGAUAAUGAUGCCGCUUCGAAGAGAGAUGGUGUUUUUAGACUCUCUGUACGC